AUGGCCAAUACAACAUUGUCAUUCACUGAAAUUGCCGACGAUAAUUGGUGUAUACCACUGACUGGAUCGGUUUAUUUAUAUGGACAUUUAAUACCAGCGAUUGCAUUAUUUAUAUUUGGUCUUACAUUUAAUCCAAUAGCAUUAUAUUAUUUUGCUACAUCACUGAAUUUUCAUCGUUCUACUUAUUCAUAUUAUUUUUCAGCAAUUGCGGUUAUUGAUCUUGUACGUCUUACUGUUUGGGGUCUAUUCUUUUUACUUGAUUUUAAAAUAUUUAAACUUAAUUUUCAUUCAUUUGAAUGUCCAACACAAAUAUUUACAGAAUCUAUGACAAGUUCAAUUAGUGCGUGGCUUACUGUUUUCUUAACGGUUGAACGAUGUUUAGUUAUUUAUAGACCAUUACUAACAAUUACUAAAACACGAAGGAAACGUACUUUGGUAGUCAUUCUUAGUGUUAUUUUUGUAUCAUGUGCUGCUAAUUCAUUUGUUUUACAGCCUGGUUUUAAUUUAAAAAGAGUGUAUAGGGAACUGAGUCAUACAAUAGUAUGUCAUUAUGAACAAUCUUCAAUGUUAAAUGAAACCGAUGAUAAACAAUAUUCAUUCUUUACUGCAAAUAUAAAACGUACAUAUUUAUUAAUAAUAGUUAUAUUUCGUGUUGUUAUUCCAUUUGUAUUACUUCUAACGGCGAAUAUAAUUCUAUUUGUUAGUGUACGUAGAACACGAGGACAAUCAUUAAAAUUAACUUCAACAUUACUUACUCGUCAUGGUCAACCUAGACAAGUGACACCAAUGAUAUUUUUUUCAUCAUGUAUUCUUCUUCUUACAGUUUCACCUCGAUAUCUUCUUCAAUUUUAUUUAAAUUUUUAUCAAGAACCUCCCAGUUGUUUCUUAACACAUUUUGCACCACAUUUAUUAAAAACUUUAGAAUUAUCUAAUUAUGCAUUUAAUGUAUUUGUUUCUAUAGUUAGUGGUAAACAUGGUCGACAUGAAUUAUUCAAUAUGUUAUUAUGUCGACCAAUACCAAAUCAAAAAUUACGUAUGAAUAAUGGUGCAAAAUUAAAUCCAGUAUCAACACAUCAAUCAGCAUCAUCAUCUAAAUCUCUAUAUCAACAAAGAUACAAUUAUAGAAGUGAUGAAAUAAAUAAUCCAACGAAAAAAGUAUUAUUCUUAACUCGAAAUCAUAAAAAUCGAAAAAAUUAUCCUAUAAAUAAUCAUUAUCGUUAUCAAUAA